ACCAACGACACUCGCCUGCAAUGUCCAAACGCGGCGCCAAGUCCCAAUUGACACAACUAAACGUCGGCCAUGGUGGUGAUGACAGCGACGACGACACCCCCGAUGUUCCCCAGGUAGCCAGUGAAGCCCAGAUGGCGAGGCGCAAGAUCGCUUUGCCGAAGUCGAGGAGGAUGGCGGGUGCGCCUUCUGCGCCUACGCCAGUUGCGAACCCGUUUGCUGCUGUCCCUCAACCUGCUGCCCCCGCUCCCGCCGCUGCGAAUCCGUUCGCUGCUCUCAACACUGCAGUACCGGCGCCAGCAGCUCCUGCCGCAAGUAAUGCUUUCUCCAUCUUGAACCCCGCCCCGAGCUCCUCCGGCGAGCCCAAAGCAAACCCAUUCGCUAACCUCCAGACUACGACCCUGGCCGCCUCCGCCCCUCCCGUCCUCGCAUCGCCGGUUCAGGAGAACACCAACACCCAGACUGCGGAGCUUACCGGCGAAGACAAGGAGGAAUACGAGAGACUACUGAAAUUGAGAAGCGUAAACUACGCUUUCCUUGAGGCCAUCAAGAAGAGCUACGAGAAUGACCCAUUUGGAGAUUUGAGAAAUGUUGGAUUCGAGGCGUAUGGACGGUUUUACGAUGAAGCUGUGGUGAAGAAGGGAUCGGACUUUGCGUCUAGGUUGGGUGGGUUCUCUAGUCAACCGGCUCCGGAGGAGAAGAAGGCCGCUUCUACAUUCAGUUUUGGAGGCCCUACUGAGGCGCCCAAGGCUUCUUCAUUUAGCUUUGGCAUCCGUGGCAGCAGUCCCGAGGAGGGGCAGGAGGAGGAGGCACCAAAGCCAGCGGCGAGCGGAUUCAGCUUCGGAAUGCCCCAAGCCCAGGAGGAGAAGAAGGAGGAGUCUAAGCCCGCUGCUGCGCCCGUCUUCACCUUUAACCCACCAUCCAAGAAUGACGAUAAGCCCAUAUCCGGAUUCACCUUCGGCGCACCCGUCCAGAAGAAGGACGAGAAUAAGUCUGCCGUGCCUGGUGGGUUCACUUUCGGCGCCCCUGCUCCUGCUGAGAAGGAGGUAGACGACGAGGACAAGCCCGAAUCUGUUUCUUCCGGCUUCGGAUUUUCUCCUGUGCAGUCCGAGCAGUCUGAGGAAAUGGCCAAGCCUGUCACGCCUUCCUUCGGCUUCGGCGCAGCUGUCGAGAAGAAGGAGGAGGUUGUUCCUAAGCCCUCGGCUGCGCCGGUCUUUAGCUUUGGCGUGAGCUCGGAUGAGGCGGAGAAGAAGAAGGACGAGGAUAAGCCAGCUGUAUCUGCGUUUGGUGGAUCUGCGUUCGGUGGAUUUGGUGCUGCUGCUCAGGCGGAGGAGAAGAAGGUGGAUACUACGCCUCUGUUUGCGUUUGGCGCGCCUGCUGCUACUGAGAAGAAGGAGGAGGAGAAGGAAACUCCCGCUGUGGCUCCCGCUGCCACUGCAGUGUUUAGCUUCGGUGCUGCCCCCUCUACGCCAGCUAAGCCAGCCGCUGCGUCCCCUGCGAGCUUCGCGUGGACUCCGGACCGUGGGAUCAAGUUCGGAUCCCCUUCCGCUGCUGGCGGUGUGGAAAAUAAGGAUGAGAAGCCUUCCACCACUCCUGUGUUUGGGUUUAGCAAUCCCCUUGCCAGUCCGACUACGUCGUCGUUUGGUGCUGCGCCUGGAGCUUCGGAUGCGGAGAAGAAGCCGGCGCCUGCUAGUACUGGGUUUGGAUUCGGGUUUGGGGCUGGGACUGGAGCGGCUUCCGUGCCGUCUUUCGGGUCUAAGACGAGCUUUGGGACUACUUCGUUUGGUGGUAGCUCGUUUGGUGCUUCGUCUUUUGGAAGCGCUGCUCCUGCUCCUGCGGCGGGUGCCACGACCGCUCCUGUGUUCUCUUUCUCUGCGCCGACACCGGCGCCGGCUGCGGCUACGGCCGAAGCUGCCAAGGAGGGUGAGGAAGAGGAUGCACCCAUCUCCGCCGAGGCCCGUACUAACGACGAAUUGGUCGACGGAAAGGGCGAGGGCGAGGAGAACGAGGACACAGUCCACUCCGUCCGCGGCAAGAUCUUCAAGAAAAACGACGAAGGCGGCUGGUCUGAAAUCGGCGUCGGCCUCAUCAAAAUCAACGUCGACAAAGAAACCAACAAAGCUCGCGUACUGGGUCGCAUUCAAGGAAGUGGAAAGUUGAUUAUCAAUGUACGGUUGCAGGCGAGGCUGCCGUAUACGUUGUUGAAUAAGACGAAUAUUCAGGUGCCAAGUCCGAUCGAGGGAGGCGUUGUGGAGAGUUAUUUGAUUAGGGUCAAGGCGGAGAAUGCUGAGCCGUUGUUGGAGGCGAUGAAAGAGCACAAGGGGUCUGAGUAG